CUGUCUAGGGGGUGCACGCGCCAUACCAUCUCAAACUUAGCGCCAUUCGGCGCGUCUACAUCAUCGCGACGCGUCUUCCUCCAAUAUAUACCCACCACUUCUCGCCUCUUCUGCCUCAAAACCCAACACCUCCGUCUGCAAACUUGUCGCAAAUACUUCGCAGCCUGGUCUCUUAUCGCAAAUAUGUCUCUCGUUACCUUAUCGUCCCUCCCCGACCCAGUCCUCCAUCUAAUAUCCGUAUACCUUGCGCCAGAUCGGCCCAGUGUCAACGACGUUGAAGAAGGCCAACAGUCAACACUUUACCGCCAUAUCAUCAAUCUCUCCUUGACGGCGCACUCACUAAAUCGCAUAUCGUCCAUACACAUCGCGAAAAACAUCAGCUUAACAGUCGCCUGCACGCGCUGGGAUCUGUUCCUACGCACCGUAACCUCGAAUCCCACCUACGCGUCGACCGUCAAAUACCUGAAAAUGAACGAAGGCACGAUCGACGACCACUACGGCAAACGUAUGGAGGCCAUGCUCACAGCGCUGAGUGGAUUGGAGGCACUGUACAUGCACCACAGCAAACGGAGCCACGCCAAUGCCAUCCAACAGCUUCUCACCUCAAAGCCACUGCCACUAUGGGAUACAUUGCAGGUACUUCGCUUCGACCACACCAACAAGUGGGGCGAACCGGCCAUUGUGCAACUCAAUUUCGAACGCAAAGAAAUAGACAAGAAAAACGGACUAGGCUUCAUAACUGGCACAGAGCUGCUCACUGGAGAACUAGAGGAUUUAAGCAUUCAUAGGUUUCUGGAUAUACCAGUCAUCUCUGGUGUCAAGGCUUCCACACGCGACUUUGAGAACGAUGGUGAUGACCAGGACGAUGCGGAUUGGGUGGACGAAGAGGAGGAUGAGGAAGCGGACGAAGAUAGCGAUGGCUGGAGUGAGCGCGACUAUGAAGAUAACAGCGAGGAGAGUGAUUGGGAUUCAGAGGAUGAGAGUGACUACGAAGACGAUUGGGAGGCCGAGUAUGGGUUUGCUGUACCAAAGGCUGAGCCCUCUAAGGAUCUGCCGGUUCCUAAUACUGCGGUCGUUGUCCCUGGGAAAAGCCUUCUGGACUUUUGAGGGUGCAUGCGAUGUGGAGAUGCUUUUUAAUGGGCUGAAGAGGCUAAUACUAGACUUCUUGUUGUGUAUUAUACUGCGUUACUUCUACCUGUUUAUAAAUUCUACUCAGGUAUUGAUUUUACCUACAUAUCACAACUAGAUCAUCAAACAGUGAGA